AUUGUGCCGCGCGGCCCACCUGCUCCUCGGGGAGCGCCCAUUGUGCCCGCGCCAAUUCACAGGCAAUUUAGCGUGCGCUAAUGGGCCGGCGCCUUUGUGCGGCCCGCGCCGCCAUUGGCCGCGGAGUGUGGGAACGGCCGCGGCGCCCGGGCCCCAGGCGCCAGCCCGCCGCCCGCGCCUAUAUAGGGGCCGGGGCCCGCGCCAGCACGGGACGCGCCCGCUCCGCUCCCUGCUUCCUCGCCUCCUCGCCUCUCCCCGCGCCAGGCAUGGCCCCCAGCACCGUGGCCGUGGAGCUGCUCAGCCCCAAAGAGAAAAACCGACUGCGGAAGCCGGUGGUGGAGAAGAUGCGCCGCGACCGCAUCAACAGCAGCAUCGAGCAGCUGAAGCUGCUUCUGGAGCAGGAGUUCGCGCGCCACCAGCCCAACUCCAAGCUGGAGAAGGCCGACAUCCUGGAGAUGGCCGUCAGCUACCUGAAACACAGCAAAGCCUUCGCCGCCGCCGCCGCCGGCCCCAAGAGCCUGCACCAGGACUACAGCGAGGGCUACUCGUGGUGCCUGCAGGAGGCCGUGCAGUUCCUGACGCUGCACGCGGCCAGCGACACGCAGAUGAAGCUGCUCUACCACUUCCAGCGCCCGCCGGCCGCGCCGGCCGCGCCCGCCAAGGAGCCCAAGGCGCCUGGCUCCGCGCCCGCGCCCGCGCCCGCCCCGGCCAAGGCCGCCGCCGCCGCUGCGCGCCAGCCCGCCUGCGGCCUCUGGCGGCCGUGGUGA